GCUUUUCCGUUGUGUCAAGUUAUCCAAAUUGAUACUUUAUGUAAUUGCCAUAUUCUUAAUGGACAGGUUUCAAAUUAGACCAUCUUGUGUGUCAUGGAGGUGAGAGAACACAGGCGGUAUGUGAAGCCGUGAAGUUUUUUUCUAUCGUUAAUUUAUCCGAUUGGCCUAAGGGUGGUGGUGACGUCAUUGGAAACCUGUCCAUAUACAAUAUGCUCUAUGCUUACGCAUUUUUUAAAAAUGCAUUUUAGGAUUACAGGUGACAUGGAGCCUAUUGGCUGACUUUGAGAUAUUUUAUUUUGAAAAUGUAUUUUUAUUUUGGAAAUUGUCGUAGGAAGUAAGUGAUCCUUUGCCCCGCAGUGGUGGGUGAUACUAGGACUUUCCGGACAGAAAAUGCAGUAGGGCGGAUGGAGGAAGAGCAGGAGAUGGUUGGAAGAACAACGGCGAACGAGAUGAGCGACUCGGUAAGAAGCGCGGAUGCGAAUGUAUCAGCCUCCGCGUCUUAUGCAAACCAUUGUAGAAAAAGCCACGGGCCUUCGACUGUUGCUUCCCUCACCUGGGCCCUAACACCGAGGUUUGCCUGAGGAUGAAUUCCACAGUUUAAUACGAAUUUGAGCAAUGUGAAGAAGCUAGCUCUCUUGACUCCUUUUAACGUCAGUACAGCAAGGCACGGCACGGUGAAUUAUGUCAUGGAUUUAGCCGCUCACCACCAACACUCUCCUGUGUUACCCAAAACCGCACCAUAAAUUCAACAAAAACCACCACCAUCCACAUAAUAAUCAUCGGCGUGUUCUAACAUGGAGUCGUCGAGAGUACAACCUCGCCUGUUGCCAGCGUUUGUGGCGUGGGCCAUACUAUGGCAGCUAGGUGGCGGCCAGGCGGCGCCGGACGCCUCGGGCCUGCCUCGAGCUAUUCGCUUGCCUCUGAGCCAAGCAGCUCGCAUGGAAGCGUCGCCGCCUCUCGAGCGCGGCCACACCAGGAGGCCGAGUGGUCGCCGGCGGAGGGGAGUGACGGCCAGCGGCAUCAGCUUCGUGGACAUGAUCGACAACCUGCGUGGAAAGUCCGGCCAGGGUUACUACGUGGAGAUGGCGGUGGGCUCUCCUCCCCAAAAGCUGAACAUCCUGGUGGAUACAGGAAGCAGCAACUUUGCUGUUGGGGCAGCUACUCAUCCAUUCCUGCGCAAAUACUACCGUCGCUCACUCUCAACCUCUUACUGUGACCUUGGAAGGAGUGUGUAUGUUCCCUAUACCCAAGGGCGAUGGGAAGGCGAGUUGGGUACCGAUCUAGUCUCUGUUUCACACGGUCCUAAUGCUACACUCCGCGCCAACAUUGCUGCAAUUACGCAAUCUGAUCGCUUUUUCAUCAAUGGAUCUAACUGGGAAGGAAUCCUUGGACUGGCCUAUGCAGAUAUAGCACGGCCUGACGAGAAAUUAGAGCCUUUCUUUGACUCCCUGGUUCGCCAGACGUCUGUCCGCAACCUCUUCUCUCUCCAGCUUUGUGGUGCAGGUUUUACCCAAAACUACUCUCUGGGCAGCACUACUGUCGGAGGCAGCAUGAUCAUUGGAGGCAUAGAUACAUCCCUGUACGUGGGUGAGCUUUGGUAUACUCCUAUCCGUAGGGAGUGGUACUAUGAAGUCAUUAUUGUGCGCAUUGAGGUGAAUGGACAGGACCUUAACAUGGACUGUAAGGAGUAUAACUACGAUAAAAGCAUUGUGGACAGUGGCACCACCAACCUCCGACUGCCGAGAAAAGUCUUCCAGGCUGCUGUCAAGGCUAUUGGAGCAGCUUCCUCAACAGAGCAGUUUCCGUCUGGUUUCUGGCUUGGUGAAAUGCUGGUGUGUUGGCCCACUGGUGCUACACCCUGGCACAACUUCCCAGUCAUCUCCCUCUAUCUGAUGAGUGAAAACCGUAACCAGUCUUUUGGAAUCUCUAUUCUGCCGCAGCAAUACCUGCGGCCAGUUGAGGAUCCAGCUUCGCCUCAGGAAAUAUGCUAUAAGUUUGCUAUGUCCCCAUCUAGCACUGGCACAGUGAUGGGGGCAGUUAUUAUGGAAGGCUUCUAUGUGGUGUUUGAUCGAGAGAAGAGUCGAAUUGGUUUUGCUGUCAGCACCUGUCACGCUCAUGACGAGUUUCGCACAACCUCUGUGAAAGGCCCGUUCUAUGGGACCGACUUGGAGGACUGUGGCUACAACAUCCCUCAGACAGACGAGUCUACUCUUAUGACUAUUGCCUAUGUCAUGGCGGGUAUCUGUGCUCUAUUUAUGCUGCCAUUGUGUCUCAUGGUGUGUCAGUGGCGCUUUGCACGCUGCCUUCACCCACACGGGGACUUCUCUGAUGACAUAUCACUCCUUAAGGACUAAUUGAAUCACAGAGCCCUCAAUUUGAAACACAGAAAAGGAAGGAAUAUGUACAAUGUAACAAAUUAAAUUAUUUUUCACCAAUAUAAUCUGGAAAAUAGAUGCCCAUGUGAAGUACACAUAUUUUGACUCCUGCUUCUGGUAGCUGGACUGCUCCAUUUUUGCUGUACUUUGAAAUAUUAUGGUUGCUUGUCAUGGUGAUGCAGCUGCAAAAAUAAACUUCUGUUCCUCAUAACUGAAGGCUGUCCGUUAGGCAAAGCAAAAAUAAUUGAAAAUGCAACUGAAGAGUUUGUUUUCAAAAUGAGACAUAUCCGUUUUUUUCAUUUUGAGGAAAAGGUCUUGGUAUUGAAGUGAAAACAAUAAACUCAAUUUAUGUUUCUAACUAUUGGGGGAUGGAAAGAGAUGCUAAAAAGUAACUAAACACCAUACUACAAAAAAUAUUGGCUUUAAUAUUCACCGAGUUUUUUUGAUGACAAAUUUAAUUUUUUCUCCAAAAUGAGACAUAUCCAAACAUUCUAUUCUUGGCAAAGUGAGACAUAUCCAAAUUUCGACUUAAACCUUCAGGAGCAGCUGUAUUUUUUUUAAAAAAAUCAGUUGCUUUUGAUAGGCAAUCAUGAAAACUAUUUGCCUUUCAAUAUUUCAAGCAUUUUAAAAUAAUAUUUAAGGCCAUGACCACCACAUUUAGAGAGUUAGGUAUCAGAAAUAAGGGUCAGUCACAAUUUUCACAAUUAGCUCACUAAUGUCAGAUUUUGAAAAAGGAGAUGAAAAAAUGGGAAUUUCUUUUAAAAAGGUGUUUUUCAGUUAUUUAGAAACUGUUUGUUUGUUCAGUAUGAGGUCUUAGAAAGGCUGAGUUUACAUCAUUGUAAUUUUGUGUAUCUGUAUGCGAUUCUGCAAUCCGACAUCUGCAGGCAUUGUGUCACUCAGUUGAUUAAUUUUGUUUAUAAGUUGAUGUGAGAUCAUUAAGAAAGUAAACUGCUUCAAACCAGUCUACCAAGGUUAAUAUGGGUUCCGAGGGAUACCAGCAGAAAAAAAUAGGUAGUCGAUCUCAUACACACAUCUCCAAAAUGAAAUCAGUUUCAAACUCACAAAUUCACUGUUUGAAAUCUGACUCAUUGAGUCUGCUUUCUUUUGAUUUUAUUUAUAGCUGUCGCUGUCGGAGGAAAGAACACUGCAGAAUAGGAUAUAAGUCUGUAGUAAUAAUAACAGUAUUCAUAAUGCUCAUAGACAGAAAUUGAGUCUACUCCAAGGGUGUUGAUUUCCUUUUAAUGUCAACUUUUCUUGAGUCAUAGCCGAUAACUUUCCUUAUAAAAAAUGGCAAAAAAAAAUAAGAUUGCAUAGAAUUAUAAAAAUUUAUUCAUUCAUUAAUGAUCGUUGGUGAAAUAUUUUGAACAAAAUUACUAUUCAAGCAUUACACAAUCAUAGACAAAACAGUAUGUUUAUUACAUUCAGAUACAAAGGUACUUGGAUGAGAACUGAAGUAUUAAAUUGCAAUAAUUUCAUAAAGAAUUAAAAUUAAAUAGGAAAAGCACCCUCACAAUGGGCCAGCCUGCAAGUAAACCAGCACAAUCACAGAUUCAUUUAUUCGAUAUUAUUAAACAUUGAUAAACAAAAUACAAGACUUAGUUCAGCUUGAAAGCAUGAAACACUGUAAAGAUAAAAUCGACAAAAAUGCAACAAAAACAAUCUACAAAGAUCAAAAGUCUUUAUUUUCUUUCAAUUCAUAAGUAGAAAAGAAACAUUACUGAUUCACACAUCAGUAGAUUCUAUUAAAAAUAGAAUUCAUGUAAAAGAAAAUCCAAAUGUGAUAAAAAAGGAAACAAUAGGUCAACUUCACAAAGAGAAAAAAUAGGGUCUACUAUCACAGCAAGCGCUUCUUCUUUUCUGACCCCGUUUCUGCUGGGUUUCUUUUCCUUCCCAGCUUCAUUCUCUCCGGUGUCUCGUACAUAAAAUCAAACUCGGCAUUAGCAUCUCUCUCAAACGUGGGCGCAGCCAUUUUGGAUGAUGAUGUGGAAGAUACCGGAACUUCCCUCUAGACGAAUUCUGAUUGGAUGCUGCUUGCUUCAGCAGCGCACGCUGAUUGAACGAAAUUAUGUCGCAUUUUGCUCUAAAUAAGAUCUCGAUAUGUCGCAUUUUGAAAUAAAACGCGAUCUUCCUUGGCUGAUAUAGAACGAUAUGUCGCACUUUCAACAAAAAUCAGAGUAUCCCGAUAACUACCAUUCGGAGCUGGACAAUUUUGGCGCGAGUUUCGUAAAUCUGAAAAAAAUGCCUAUGUCGCGUUUUGAAAACAAACUCUUCAACUAGAAAGAUAUGACCUAGGAUAACCUGUGAUGGCCAAAACAAGUUUACUCUCAUGUGGCACUUUUACUUUUGCUUGUACCGAAGGGUUUCUCUACAAUAAAUAGAAUACUGUAGUUCCUGUCACAUGCAGGCUACUAUGCAGAUCAGUCCUAUGAUAUGAAGAGAGACCAAAAAACUAUCCAAACAGGGGAAAGAAAUAGCGUUCAGGAGAUAUUACAUAUCAAUUCACAAUAAUAAAAAAAAAAAACUUCAUUAGAAACCGAUAUUUAUUAGAUUUGGAAUCCAAGAGAAAAAUAAUACCGAACUUUACACUAUGACUUGAUCAGGAUGUUUACAGAGUGUAGGAAGCCAUAAUUGACAUUGUGCACAAUGGCAUGACUAUGUGUGGUUUUGGUGUGUGUUUUCGAUCUACUGUUAGUUGCUUAAGAUGAACAGCAAUGAGACAUGAGCAUGUUUCCGUGCGUGUGCGUUCUUUCGUGUACCUGUACUCGUUAUUCAGACAGGUAUAAUGAGAAUUAAACUACUGGAAAUGAUAUAAUAGUAUCUAUUAAAAAAAUUAUUACUAUUAAUAACACUAUUUCACAAACUCCACCAAAGAAUUCUCCUGAGAAACUGUAAAUUUAAAGUCUAUCACCUUGUAAUCUGUAUGCUUGAAAUUACUGAACACCAGGUCAGUAUCUGAUGUCACAUAUUCUAUUGUAAGCGCAAGUGUCAAUUGUACAUAGAAUUUGUUUUCAAAGCUUCAGUUUCGACUGAAAUACUUUUGUUAUUGUUGCAAAGAACGUCAGUAGCAUUGCACAUCAUCAAUCCGGUGUCUAAAAUGUAUAGGGCUUUUUCCAUGACCCAGAAACAGCUCAAUUUUGAAUUAUUUUUAAGAGGCUGGAAAACCAACUCAAAAUGUUACGAAAAAUUCGAGUUCAGCGACUGUAUCCCUAUGUUGUAAUAAAGUGCUCGUUCUGUAAUUUUUUUUGUUUGUUGCACUACAAGAAAAGUAUGUGCAGGCACAGCCUAUGGUAAGAUCCAGAGAUAUGCAAAUGUUUCAAAUAAAUAUACAAACUGUUGAAAGUGAUCAUAUUUUACAUUAAAGUCUUGUGGUGUCCUUACUCAAAUACUUUAUCCCAUUUUAUCUGUGAAUAUGUGUGUCACCUUAUUGUUUAUAUACUUGUAAUUAAUUACAUUUUGGUUAUGUGUAGUGGAACUAGUCCUUCAAAAUAUAAAAACACAUUUCGAUAGAAGGUCAGCACGAAUACAUUUACAACUUCAGGGCAAUGGGCUACUGCACACAAAUUAAAAAUAUACUAACAAAAUGAUUGGGUGUCACGUAGGUUUCCCAAAUUCCCAGAAUUCUACAAUUUUGCUGAAUUCUAGAAUUAUUAGUGAAAAUUAAUAAUUUUGGAUUCUGGUGUAUUGAGGAGUUUUUUUAUUUUCAACCAAAGUUAGCCUAGGUAGAUGGCACACCCUUUUUUGAGUUUCUUUUUAUGACAAGACCAUUUUGAACUAGGACUCACCAGUCGUUUCUUCUUUCUUCUCUUUGAAUCCGUUUUGGCCUUGCUAAAUUAACCCUAACUUGUUGAAUUCUGAACGAUUUUGACGUAAAAAAAUAGAAAUCAGACAGAAUUUUAUAAUUGUGGCUUUUAUAAGAAAUUUCUUUGUUUACAGUCAAGCAGGACCUGAAGUACAAAGAUGCUGAAGUUUUGUGUGGGUUGAGGUUUCACAAAUGAGUCCAAUGCAGAGAGCAAAGCCUGGAAAAUUACCUUUAAUAAAA